UCUGCGUAUGGACGUAAAGUGAACAUUCUUAAGGUUUAGGUUACUGACAGAUUGUUCCCGUGGAGAGCGGGUCAUGCUGUCUUCACAAAGGUAAUGAGCCGCAAAGCCCUCGGGUCUCGGCUUAGCAGCGCCCACAAACUGCAGCGAAACUGGAAUGAUUGGCAGCCCAGAGGCGAUAGCGUGUCAGCCAGCCAGGACGGUGUGAAGUGCAGUGUCUCGAGAGACCACAGUUCAGCAGCUCUUUACGACACUCCGCCCUCUGUCCGGCCUGGCACCCCACCAUUGCACAAUGACACUUAUACUGCCACCGACCCACGUGAAGAAGGAGGUGGAUAUGAUGUCGAUGGAGGACUCUGUGAAACUACUUUUGGUUGGAAGUCGCUGGGGCAAGAGUUGAGGAUAAAAGAUGUGAGCACUGAUUUGACGAGUUUUCAGCAUGGAAGCCGUGCUUUAGCAACUAAGGACAUGAGGAAAUCACAGGACCGACCGCUGGCUCACUCCGACGAGUCUCGGCUUGCCAACCUUCUGCGGAGAGUGUCCCGGGAAGAUGACCGGGACCGCAGGCUGGCCACCAUCAAACAAAUGAGGGAGUUUAUUGUGCACUCUGAAAACAAAGUGGUCCUAGUGAAGCAGUUGGAUCCUAUUCUGAGCACGCUGAAUGACAUUUUGAAUGAAAGCAGUAAGCUCCUGCAGGAGCUUAGACAAGAGGCUGCAUGCUGCCUGGGACUGCUCUGUGCUGCACUCAGCUACGAGGCAGAGAGGAUCUUCAAGUGGAUUUUUCUCAAGUUCAGUGCAUCCACCAAAGAUGAGGUGAAGCACCUGUACCUGAUGGCAGCUUACAAGGCUCUGGAGACUGCUGGAGAGAAAAAGGCUUUCUCACCUGUGAUGCAGCUGGUUAUGAGUAGCCUCCAGUCUAUUCUGGAGAACCUGGACACGCCAGAGCUCCUGUGUCAGUGUGUGAAAUGCAUCCUGAUGGUGGCUCGCUGCUACCCACACAUCUUCAGCACCAACUUCAGAGAUACAGUGGAUAUUCUGGUUGGCUGGCAUAUAGACCACACACAGAAGCAGUUGCUCACUCUGCAGGUGUCUGGUUGGCUGCAGAGCCUGGAGCAGUUUUGGGUGGCAGAUCUUGCCUUUUCCACGACGUUGCUGGGUCAGUUUUUGGAAGAUAUGGAAGCAUAUGCAGAGGACCUGAGUCAUGUGGUGACUGGAGAGGCACUGGACGAGGACAUCCCACCUCCCACAGUGUCUCUGCCCAAACUAGCAGCGCUGCUACGUGUCUUCAGUACGGUGGUGCGCAGCAUUGGAGAGCGUUUCAACCCCAUCCGUGGCCCACCCAUCACAGAGGCAUACGUCGCAGAUGUUCUGAACCGUGUGCUGUCCUGCGUCACCACGGCCAAGCAGGUGUACUUCUCCGAGGCUGUGAUGACUGCAGGGAAUGAGUGUGUGUGCGUCCUGCUGGCAAGCAUGGACUCCAGUAACCAGCUGGCAGACUCAGUCAUUUUGUACGGCCUGGACCAGCUGGAGAGCUGUCAGCUCUGUGGGCCUGAGUACAGCAUGACUGUCCUUAACCUGCUCACCGUGAUUGUUGAACAGAUAAACACCAAACUCCCGGCAACAUUUGUGGAGAAGCUACUUGCUCCAAACUCUCAGCUGUUGGAGCUGCGUUUUCACAGAGAGAAAGAGGUGAUGGCUGCGGCACUUGGUGUGUACCAGGCUGUACUGAGCCUUAAGAACAUCCCCAUACUGGAGGCGGCGUAUAAGUUGGUACUGGGAGAGAUGAGCUGUGCCCUGAACAGUCUGCUGAGUCGGCUGGGCCUGCCCCCUGCCUGCCCUGACAUCCAGCACCCUGUGUUCAGCCAGCUCCAGCUCAGCCCAGAGAGAGCAGAGUUCGCCCUCCUCUUCAACCUCAGCGCCCUCACUACCAUCGGCAACACCAAAAACUCACUCAUCGGGAUGUGGGCCUUGUCUCCCACUGUGUUUGCUCUACUCAGUCAAAACCUGGUCGUGGUUCACUCAGAGCUAGCUGUCCAUCACCCUGCUGUCCAAUACUCAGUCCUCUACACACUCUACUCUCACUGUACCAGACAUGACCACUUCAUCUCCAGCAGCCUUAGCUCCUCCUCCCCCUCCCUAUUCGACGGUGCCGUUAUCAGCACGGUCACCACGGCAACCAAGAAGCAUUUUAGCACUCUGCUCAAUUUGCUGGGGAUGCUUCUUAGCAAGGAGCACCUGGACCCAGAGGCCAGGAGACUGCUGCUCACCUGGUCUCUGGAAGUGUCCCAGACAAUGAAGAAAUGUGAGACCUAUGCUCCUCUCUUCUCUCUCCCUGCAUUUCACCGCUUCUGUAGAGGCCUGCUUGCCAACGCUUUGAAUGAAGAUGCUGUCAUUUCCCUCCAAACCUGCAACUGUCUGCAGGUGCUCUCCUCCUCUCUGUCCCCUGAGCUGCUUCAGAGGUGCGUAGAUGUGUGUCGAGUGCAACUGGUCCACUCCGCUGUCCGAGUCAGGCAGGCCUAUGGGAAGCUCCUGAGGUCUGUUCCGCUGCACGCGGCCCUGAGCAGUAACCAUAGCCACUCUGAGAUUCAGGAGAUAUCGCUGGCAAUCUGCCGACACAUGAGCAAAGCACCAAGCAACACCUUCCACCCACAGGACUUCUCUGACCUGAUCAGCUUCAUCCUGUAUGGGACCGUGCACCGCGGGGGUAAGGAGCCGUGGUUGGAGAGGCUGUACCACAGCUGCCAGAGGCUGGAGAAACGGGACUCGGUUGCAGUGCCUCGUUCACUCCUGAAAACAGAGGCAGUUCUGUGGCAGUGGGCUGUGUGGGAAGCCGCCCAGUUCACUGUGCUCUCCAAACUCCGCACGCCACUGGGCCGGGCACAGGACACCUUCCAGACCAUCGAAGGCAUAAUCCGGAGCCUGGCCGCUCACAGCCUGAACGCGGAGCAGGAGCUGAGUCAGUGGAGUGGAGGGGAGAGCGAUGAGGGCCAUCACACUAACCAGCUCAGGCUGGCUUUACUGCUGCAGUUCCUGGAGAAUCUGGAGAAGCUCAUGUACAACGCGUAUGAGGGCUGCGCCAAUGCCCUCACCGCCCCUCCCAAGGGAAUCCGAGCGUUUUUCUACACUAAUCGUCAGACCUGCCAGGAUUGGCUGACGCGUAUCCGUAUGGCACUAAUGAGGGUGGGGCUUAUGUCAGGCCAGCCUGCUGUCACAGUUCGCCACGGUUUCGACUUGCUCACUGAGAUGAAGAACAGCAACGUGCAGGGCCCAGAGAUGGAGGUGCCCAUCACUAUGCUGGUGGAGGCCCUGUGUGAGCUCCGCUGCCCAGAGGCCAUACAGGGCCUGGCAGCGUGGAGUCAGGCCAACAGCGGGAAGAGCCUGGCAUGGGUGGGCUCCGUCGCCCUUCAGGCUGAGGGAAAGUUUGAGAAGGCAGCGUUGGAGUAUCAGGAGCAGCUUUGUGCUGUCACAGGGAUGGACUGUUCCAUCAAAGGCUUUGAUAGCUCCCUGCUCAAGCUCACCAACUCCAACAGCACCAAUCCCGUCAGCCCCAAACACACGGGGAAUGGAGACGGUAAGAAGACGGUCCUGCUGAAGUCCAGUGACUGCUCUCAGGAGGUGAUGAACUUCCUGGCCAAUAAGGCCUGUGAGUGCUACGUGGCGCUGAGUGACUGGGCGUCAGUCCAGGAGUGGCAGGCCAGCAUGAUCGCUCUCAAAAAGAACUCCAGCAACUCUGCUGUUCACCUCAAGACUGACUUCAACUACAUCAGGGCUCUGAGCAGGUUUGAGAACGGAGAUUUUGCAGAAUGCCGGGCUCAGUUAGAACUCCUGCCUGGGGAUGACUAUGGUCUGCUCAACUCCUCCAGUAAAGAGAAGCUGGACCUGAAGAGGCUCCUGCCGGCUGUGCUCAGCCCAGACCCGUCUGAACUGCAGAAGGCCAUCGAGGUCCAGCUUCUGAGGAGUGCUGUGGGAGCGAUCUCCUCUGUCAACCCAGAGCAGGACCAGAAGGCUUCCCCCACGUCUGACACCCUGGUGAAGUACCUUAAGCAGACCGGCCGUAUCUCUCAGGGUUCCCUGCGCCUGUCCACGCUCACCCUGUCCGACUCUCUGCCCACCCUGAGCACUCUGCAGCUGCACUGUGCCUACGCUCUGGAGAACACGCUGAGCGGCCAGCUCCCGCCUCAGGACUGUGUUAUCCCUCUGUACAAUGAGGCUCUCAGCACCUGUAAGCAGCAGGACGUCCAGCCAUGGCUGCAUGCUCUCCGAUACACCACCUUCCAACGACAGCUCCUCUUAAAAAUGAAAGGCUCCUCUGCCCCUGUGGACUCUCACCUCGUGGAGCUCUGUCUGAUGGCUGUGAAGUUUGCACGGAAGCAGGGGAACAUCAGCCUCACCACCAGGCUCCUGAGUCAGUGCAGGCAGCCCUCUGCUGAUGAGCCUGAGAACCAGGACCUGGUCCAGAGCUUUAAGCAGCUGAACCUGGAGGGGGCUGUGGGGGAGAGGUGGGGGCCAGAGCUGGAGAUAGAAAAAGCCAAAGUGCUGUUCACUGCAGGUCAGUCCACGUCUGCGAUGGAAAUGUUGAGUUCCUGCGCGCUCUCGUACUGUCGUUCGGGAAAAUGCGAGCGAGCGGCGAGUCGCUCGAUCCUCACUCUGUGUAAGUGGCUGCUGGCGGACUGGAAGGACCUGACCCCUCAGCUCAAACAGGUGGUGAAGCGAAACUCGGGUUCCGCCAACCUGUCCGUGUUGGGCAAGAACAUCGCCAGCCUUCUCGAGCUGCCGCUGGAGGACCAGGGCAUGCCACGCAUCACCACGGAAACCACAGUGAGUGUAGGUGUUGGAGAGUCAGACUUUGUUCUCGGACAGCUGUACCAACUGUCCACCAGCCAGGCUCCGGAGGUAGCCAAGUCCUGGGCUGCUUUAGCCAGCUGGGCCUACAGAUGGGGCAGGAAGGUUGUGGAUAAUGCAAGUCAAGGAGAGGGAGUUCCUCUGCUCCCUGUGGAGAAGAAGGAGAUUGAGGAGUUGCUUCCCUCAAGCACCAGUGAGGAGGACAAGGAGACCAUAUUCAGCAUUCUGGGCCAGGCCAUGUGUCGACCUGCAGGGAUCCAGGAUGAAGACAUGGCCCUGCAGAAUGAAGAGGAUGAGGAAGAUGAUAUGGUGGAUGUCAUCUGGAGACAGCUUCUCGGCUCCUGCCCAUGGCUGUCUGACGUGGAGGACAGUGUGAUGGAGGGGCUCAUCAGAGUCUGGCGGCGUGUCGUAGACCGCAUCUUCAGCCUGUACCGGGUGUCCUGCAAGGCAUAUUUCACCUUUCUCAAGCUCAACGCUGGACAGGUGCCUAUUGAUGAGGAUGAUCCAAAACUUCUGCUGAACAACCAGACCACCAAGCAGAGCAAUGACGACGUCAUCGUCAUGGCAACGCUGCGCGUGCUACGCCUGUUGGUGAAGCAUGCUGGGGAGCUGCGGGAGGGCCUGGAGGUGGGACUGGCCUCCACACCAACUGCUCCCUGGAGAGGCAUUAUUCCUCAGCUGUUCUCCAGGCUGAACCACCCAGAGGCCUACAUCCGCCAGAGCAUCUGCAGCCUGCUGUGCCGCGUGGCCCAGGACUCGCCCCAUCUCAUCCUCUACCCUGCCAUCGUGGGCUCCAUCUCCCUCGGUGGAGAGGCACAGGCCGCAGGUAACAAGCUGCCGUCGGCUCUCCCUACGUUCCUGGGGAAUAUUCAGGGUGAGGCUCUGUGUGAGGGAGAGAGUGAGACAGGCAGUGGGCCUGCGUCUCAGGAGAGUAGCCGUGGAGAGGAGCUGGUGCUCUGCUCCAGUCAGGACCAGGCCAUGAUGCAGGACUGUUACAGCAAGAUAGUGGACAAGCUCUCCUCAGCCAACCCUACCAUGGUGCUUCAGGUGCAGCUGUUGGUCGGGGAGCUGCGGCGUGUCACUCUGCUGUGGGAUGAGUUGUGGUUGGGUGUCCUGCAGCAGCAGCACAUGCACGUCCUGCGCAGGAUCCAGCAGCUGGAGGACGAGGUGAAGAGAGUCCAGAACAACAACACGCUGCGCAAGGACGAGAAGGUGGCCAUCAUGCGGGAGAAACACUCUGCUCUCAUGAGGCCCGUGGUGUUCGCCCUGGAUCACGUCCGCAGCAUCACGGCCGCGCCAGCAGAGACGCCACACGAGACCCUGUUCCAGGACACGUAUGGAGAAGCCAUCCACAGCGCUCUGGAGAAACUGAGGAGUCCCCUCAACCCUGCCAACCCCGCCAGCAGCUGGAUGCCCUUCAAACAGAUCAUGCUGAGUUUACAGCAGCGAGCACAGAAGCGUACCAGCUACCUGCUGCGGCUGGACGAGAUUAGCCCGCGGCUGGCAGCUAUGGCUAACACUGAAAUAGCGCUGCCAGGAGAGGUCUCUGCCACAGACGCCGUCACCAUCCAGAAUGUCGGCAAUACCAUCACCAUCCUGCCCACGAAAACCAAACCCAAGAAGCUGUACUUCCUUGGUUCGGACGGGAAGAACUACCCAUACCUGUUUAAAGGACUAGAGGACUUGCAUUUGGAUGAGCGGAUCAUGCAGUUCCUUUCCAUUGUCAACACCAUGUUCACUAAGGUGAACCAGCAGGAGAGCCCAUGUUUCCACGCCCGACAUUACUCCGUCACUCCGCUAGGGACCCGAUCCGGGCUCAUCCAGUGGGUGGACGGUGCCACGCCCCUGUUUGGUCUUUAUAAGCGCUGGCAGCAGAGGGAGGCAGUGCUCCAGGCCCAGAAGGUGCAGGACACGCCCCAGCAGCCUCAGAACCUUCCCAUGGUGCCCCGGCCUAGCGAGCUCUACUACAGUAAGAUAGGCCCCGCCCUGAAGGCUGUGGGGCUGAGCCUUGAUGUGUCUCGCCGUGAUUGGCCGCUCAGCGUCAUGAGGGAUGUGCUGCGAGAGCUGAUGGAGGCCACACCCCCUAACCUGCUGGCCAAGGAGCUCUGGUGCUCAUGCACAACGCCCAGUGAGUGGUGGAGUGUGACACAGUCUUAUGCCAGAUCCACUGCUGUGAUGUCGAUGGUGGGUUACAUUAUUGGACUGGGCGACCGUCACCUUGACAACGUUCUCAUCGACAUGACGACGGGGGAGGUGGUUCACAUUGAUUACAAUGUCUGCUUUGAGAAAGGGAAGAGUUUGAGAGUGCCAGAGAAGGUUCCGUUCCGCAUGACUCAUAACAUUGAGACUGCUCUGGGUGUGACUGGAGUGGAAGGCAUCUUCAGACUGUCCUGUGAACAGGUGGUGCAGAUGAUGCGUAGAGGCAGGGAGACCCUGCUCACCCUGCUGGAGGCCUUUGUGUACGACCCGUUGGUGGACUGGACGGCGGGGGGUGAGGUGGGCUUUGCUGGGGCUGUGUAUGGAGGAGGUGGACAGCAGGCAGAAAGCAAACAGAGUAAAAGAGAGAUGGAGAGAGACAUCACCCGCAGUCUCUUCUCCUCCCGUGUCGCAGAGAUCAAGGUGAACUGGUUUAAGAACCGUGAGGAGAUGCUGGGCGUGCUGCCACAGGUGGAGGUUGCGGUGGAGGAGUAUCUGAGUCUGCAGGAGCAGCUGACACAGGUGGAGAAAGUGCAGGGAAAGCUGCUGGAGGAGAUGGAGUUCCUGGAAGGAGCAGACAGUCGUCCUGACCAUCCAAUCCACACACUGGAGCACAGGUACUCUGAGCACACGCAGCUUCAGUCCAGACAGAGGACAGUUCAGGACGCCAUCCAGGGGAAGCUGUCAGACCUGGACCAGUGGAUCUCUCAGUACCAGGCAGCCUUCGCCAGCCUGGAAGCCACACAGCUGGCUAGCCUGCUCCAGGAGAUCAGCACCCCUAUAGAUUUAGGUCCGCCCAGCUACGUGCCGGCCACGGCCUUCCUGCAGAACGCCGGCCAGGCCCACCUCAUCAGUCAGUGUGAGGCUCUGGAGGCGGAGGUGGGGGCUCUGCUUCAGCAGCGGCGUUCCGUGCUGAGGGGCUGUCUGGAGCACCUGCACAGCUACGCCACCGUGGCCCUGCUGUACCCCCGCGCCGUGCUCCACAGACACAGAGUCCACGCCUGGAAACAGUGGCUGGAAGAACUGCUGUGUGAUAUGACCGUGGAACACUGUCAGACCAUCUACCACCAGUAUGAAAUGCAGUUUGCCCCCCAGCCGCCUCCUGCCACAUGUCAGUUCCUGUCCAACAUGGAGAUGGCAUUGCAGCACCACGCUGCUGAGACCAACACGCGCCUCCUGCGGCAGGUGGAGCGUCUGAAGGCGGAGGGGGCCAGCGUGCCCGUGUGUGAGGAACAGCUGCAAGAGAUCGAGCGUUGUAUUAAAGUCUUCCUGCAUGAAGACGCUGAGCUUGGCUCCUUCAGCCUGGCGGGCAUCAUUGUCUCUGCCCUCUCCUCCCUCACAAGGCGUAAUUUGGUGAUGGAGGGGGCAGCGGCCAGUGCGGGAGAGCAGCUGGUGGAGCUGACGUCUCGGGAUGGAGCCUGGUUCCUGGAGGAACUCUGCAGCAUGAGUGGAAACAUCACCUGCCUGGUCCAGCUCCUGCAGCAGUGCCAGCUUCUGUCCCACGACCUGGACGUGCCCAGUCCCUCUGAGACCUCGCAGGCCGUUUACCUGGCCAACAGCGUAUACACCUGUCUGCAGGAGCUCAACACCAACUUCCGUCAGAUCAUCUUCCCAGAGGCACUGCGCUGCAUGCUGAAAGGCGAGAGCACGCUGGAGUCCAUGCUGACGGAGCUAGACGCACUCAUUGAGCAGUGUGCUGACGGGGUCUCCCUGCAGGGGCUGGUUGAGGGACUGCAAACUCACCUUCGCAACACGACCAUGGGCCUGGAGGAGGACGUGGAUGCUCACUACCUCGAUGUCACCAGGAUGCUGCGUGUCCAGUAUUCGGAGCUGAUCCAGCCGCGGAGCAUGGAUGGUUCUGUCCAUGACACGCCUAAGAUGAGCGCUGGCCAGAUGCUGCUAGUGGCCUUUGAUGGGAUGUUUGCACAGCUGGAGGCUGCUUUUGGGCUUCUGACAGAGAAGCUGAACUCCAUGGAAGUGCCUGCUGCCUGGAGGAAGGUCGACGUGAUCCGAGAGGCCCGUGCCGCACAGGUCCAUUUCUUCGACAGCGCUGAGACGAGACAGAUCCUGGAUGAGAUCUUCUUCUUAAAAAGGCUCCAGACCAUACGGGACUUCUUCCGCCUCUGUGGCUGCUUCGCACAAACCUUGUCUGGGACGUGCCCCUCGCCUACAGACGAGCCUCCCCCGUCUAACGGCCCCGUGCCCCUGGUCAAGCCCCUGUACCGCGGGUCAGCCGUGGUGAGCGAGGACCAGCUGACGCGGCCGAUCAAGGCCUUCACCGCUGACUUUGUGAGGCAGAUGCUGAUGGGUCUGCCCACGCAGGCUCUGGGCCUGGCACUCUGCAGUGCCCUCAGCUCCUUGGGCAUGGACCUGAUCGCUCAGGUGGAGGCCAAAGAUUUUGGUGCAGAGGGGAAAGUGGCACUGGAUGACCUGUGUAAGAAAGCGGUGGAGCAGGGGGUGCAGGCCGGGCGGCUGUCCCAGCUGCUGCUGAACAGAGCCACUGUUCUCGCCAGUUCCUAUGACACAGCCUGGAAGAAGCUGGACCUGGUACGGCGGCUAGAGGUCAGCAUUGAGGCCUGCAAGGUCAGCCUUCAGAGGGCUCAGCUGCACAUAGCCAUGUUCCAGUGGCAGCAUGAGGAUGUUUUGGGGAGCAGGAGUCAGCCCAUGACUGUCAGUCCUCCCCCACGCUCCAUGAUCCUCAGCAACAUGAAGAAAAAGCUCUUCAAACUCAGCCAGGAUGAGGCUGCUAUUGCUGCUGUUCAGGAGAAGUUGGCUGGAUUGGAGGGCAGCAUUGAGCAGCGGCUGAAGUGGGCGGGCGGUGCCAACCCUGCGCUGGCACCGGUGCUGCAGGACUUUGAGGGCACCAUUAACGAGCGCCGGGCACUGGUGAUGAAGGAGAGCCAGCGGACCAGUCAGGUGACCUUCCUCUGCAGCACCAUCCUGAACUUUGAGGGGCUACGCACUCGCACCCAAGAGGCUCUGAGCAUGGACGCCACGCUCUUUGACCUGCUCAAACGUUGCCAGGCAACAUGUUCCUAUGCCGCCCAGUUCAGCACGUCAGUCUCUCCCCUGGAACUGCAGCUGCUGCACAGGCUGAGCCCUGCUUUGGAGCUGCCUAUCAGCAGCCCCGACUGGCUUGUGUGUGCACAGAAGCACCUGACGCAGGAGAUGUCGACUCAGAGGGCUGUGCAGGAGGAGAGGGAGCAGCAGCUGGAGAACAUCACAGAGACACUGCAGCUCCUCAUCGACACCAUGAAAGGCAUCCUGUCCAAUCACAACCGGCAACUCGCUGAUGUCAAACACCUGCUGCGUGCUAUGGCAAAGGAUGAGGAAAACGCCCUAGCUGAGGGAGAGGAAGUGACAUAUGAAGGCAGCGUGCGUCAGUUCCUGUCUGAGUACAAAGCUUGGCAGGACAACGUGCAGAUUGUGCUUUUCACGGUGGUGCAGGCGACAGGGCAGCCGCGAAGCCAGGAGCAGGUGGAGCUAAUGCAGGAGAUCCCUGCCACUCUGAAGGAGCUUAAAGGACAGAGCCAGAGCAUCUAUAAUGGGUUAGUGAGCUUCGCGUCUCCUCUGGUGACUGAGAGAGGAAGUGACUGUGUCAGUCCCACUUCUACGGCUCAGACCAGUUUUGCUGCAGCGGUGCGCUACAGUGGACUGAAAACCCAACCGGACAACAUGUCCCAGAACGCUCGCAAAAACUUCCCCCGAAACCUGGCGACCCCAGCUGACACUCCCCCUAGCACGCUGCAGCUCACCACCAAAGGCCUGGCCCCCAGUCCCAAACGUGCUGCGCGCGACCCCAAGACAGGAAGAGCGGUACAAGAGAGGAACUCCUAUGCUGUGAGUGUGUGGAAGAGGGUGAAGGCCAAGCUGGAGGGGAGGGAUGUGGAUCCCAGCAGAAGAAUGAGUGUCUCUGAGCAGGUGGAUUAUGUCAUCAAAGAGGCGACCAAUAUGGAUAAUCUGGCCCAGCUGUAUGAAGGGUGGACUGCAUGGGUGUGAACAGGAUCCCUGAAGAUCUCUUUUGGUUCAGCGAGGGAAGAAAUCCACCAGAAUCCUCUGGGUCUGGGGCAACAGAGCCACAGAGCACCAUGCGGGAAACGGGGGGGGGGGUGGGGCGGGUGGAGAGAGAGUGUAGAGACCCUCCCCUGGGCCCACACGGGAUCACCCCCCCCCCACACAGCAGCACAGCUGUACCUGGCGAUCCAGCGAACACAACGCAAUGGGUCUGCACCUGUCUCCUCAAAGUGUGUGGGCACCUCACUGAG